AUGGCUCACGAACGCAUGGGACUUGAAAAUGUCACAAACCCAGCCGCGGCAGUUUGUUUCUCCCGGCGAGAGUGCACCAUGGCGUUUCACUACCGAGUAGCAAGGAGAAUCGGGUUGCAACGUUUCAAAUACGUCCAUAACAAUCACAACUUGUUGACUUGGCGGCUGCUAUCAGGGUCCUCCCCGACGCCGCUCCAUACAAAAGGAGAAGAUGCACCGCAAUCCAAAUCACCGGCAUCGUCUCGAGAUGUCACGUCUCCUUCCUCGAUUCUUCCUGGCCUCGGGCUCGCAGCCGGAACAGCACUUGGCGGCUUUCAGGCGGCGUCAAUCCUAUCAGAUACCCUCGCUAUUCCCGUGUCGGGAAUUCCCACAUCUAUCCUACUUGGUAUGGCUGUGAAAAACACGAUAGGCUACGACACAAACACUUUCCAACCAGGUCUCGUCUUUGCCACCAAAACGAUCCUCCAAACGGGAAUCGUCUGCGUUGCGGCCAAACUUUCUUUCCUUGAUAUGGUUACCACCGGAUCCCAGAGUGUUCCCGUCGUAAUCGCUUCCGUCGGGGCCGGCAUGUUGUUCUUACCCAUCGCUGGUGCCUGGGCCGGGUUGCCCCCGCGACUGUCUCUCCUCCUCACUGCCGGUACAUCCAUUUGUGGUGUCACGGCUAUUACUGCCCUAGCACCGGCAAUCCAGGCAACACCACGGGAAAUUGCUAUAGCUGUGGCCAACACGGUGGCCUUUGGAACCGUGGGAAUGUUGUGCUAUCCCUAUGUCUUGCACGAAUUGUGCCAGGGCAAUUCGGUGCAGGUAGGAAUGUGCCUCGGAGUGGCUAUUCAUGACACGUCGCAGGUUCUGGGGUCGGCCAUGGCCUAUAAGGAAACGUUUGAUGAUCAAUUGGCGUUUCAGGUGGCGGCCGUCACUAAACUCGUGCGGAAUUUAGGUUUGGCCGUGGCCAUUCCGACUUUGACGUACGUGUACCACAAGGAGCACACAGCCAAGUCAACGGGCGAACGCCUACCCGAAACCAUGUCGGGCCUUUCCACCUUCUCCAAGUACAUUCCGCCCUUUUUGGUGGCAUUUUUGGGAAUGUCGGCUUUGCGGUCGGGAGGAGACGUGAUGCUUUCCGAUGUGGAAGUCUAUUCGCAAAUCAUGAAUUGGAUUGGCAAUGAUCUUUCCAAGUACGCUUUGGGGACAGCAAUGGCGGGGGUAGGACUGAGUACUUCCGCGUCAUCGCUACAAGGCGUAGGAUGGAAACCGUUUGCGGUAGGAGGAGCGGGAGCUCUAGUGGUGGGUGGAACCGGAUUCACGGUAGCGACGCUGGUGCUGUAG